GAGAGACAGAGGGUUUGUGUUUGUGUUGCAAUGUGCAGCUUAAUUUAGUUUAACAAGGAGCUAAAUACUUGAAACGCAAGCAGCCGGCGAGGAUGUGGGUCCAAGGAGAGGACAGUGCAGCUGGAGAGUCUGAUGGAGAGAGUGGUUUAUCCUCUGAAGAUGAGGGAGACAUUCAGUAUGAAUUCCUGGAAAAGCAGAGGGAUGAAGCCAAUCAGAGACUGUCUGAGUUGGAGGAAGUCUCCAAUCAGCUCUUGAAAGAGAUUAAUAUACUGGAGAUCCAGUUCCAGAUUGAACGGUCAUGUAGGGAGAGUGUUGAGGCCCUGGCUGUCAAGGUGACCAAAGAGAACAAAGCCCUGAAGAGGAGGAGCCAGAUGCUGAUGCCGCUCAUCCCCGAGCUGCCUGAAAACCUGGCUGCCGUAACCUUUGACCCAGAGACUGACUCAACAGUUGACAGCGAUGCGGUUGAUCUUGGUGAGGACACUAGUGGUGAGGAGACACUGCUACUGGAGAGCCAAGCCAAGAUCGCAGAGCUGCAGGCUUUAGUGGACGGUCUGCUGGCUGACAAGCUGCGGCUGGAGCAAGAAAUAGAGGAUUUGACCAAACAGCAGGACCAACUCAGAGAGCAGCUAGCUCUGGAGGUUGAAGAGAAAGAAGCCAUACUGUGGAAAAUGAGCAAACAAAGCAAGACCAUGAAUAAAAUCAAACGAGUUUCACAGCUUGUCACGGAGGAGUUCACAGAAAUGUCUCAGAGAUUGGAGCUGGAGGAGGACCUCCGGCAGCACGCUGAAAUUUUUGCACACCAGAUGCUGGAGCAGCAGAAGGCUUCCCACAGUCAGAGCAUGACGCUGACACAGAGCUCAGAGGCAGGCCUGCAGCUACAGCAGGCACUGGAACAAUUAUCCAACAUCAGCACUGCACUGACUGAUAUACAACGUUACUACCAAGACCAGGUAAAACAGAGUCAGAGCGCUGUGGAAGAAAGCAGCGUCCUCUCUGAGCUGCAGAACCUGAGGGAGCAGCUGGAGAAGAAUGAGGUGGACAGAGAGGCCUUGGAAACUCAGCUGUCUGAGGCCAACAGCACUGUCACACAGCUCCAGGAAGAAGUGAAACAGUUACAAGAAACACUGAACGGGGAGAGUACGACUGAUGAACUAGUGGAGAAAUCCACUCCUACUCCUGCUCCACCUUCACCUCCACCUCCACCUCCUCCCCCUCCUCCACCUCCCACUACUGUCAUCAAUCCACUUGAUAUCCUGCGGAGCAGGAGGAAAGAUGGAGCCAGUAAAGGUGGUCUGAACAAACCAGCACCCAUGUUGGACAUGAAGACAAAAGCAGUGGAUGAAAUGAUGGAGAGAAUAAAGAAAGGCAUCAUCCUGAGGCCCAUCAACAGAGUACAGGAGGAUGACAGCUCAUGGAAGGACCAGAGGAGUGAAAACAGAAAAUCAGCUGUUCUGGAGCUGAAAGGAAUGCUGGACAACAUGAAACGUCAGCACCACCGCAGAGUGCCAUCCAGGAGGGGAAUUGGCCGAAAUGUUGCGGAGGCAGAGCUCCAGCUGGUGCUCCAGAGGAGGAGGAGAGUGAUGGGGGAUUACCAGGACCCGUCCUCCUCAACCCAAACUGUCCUGGACCCCCAGCCAGGUGCACAGUGUGUCCCAGCAGCAGGAGAUGCUCCCUGGGCAGACGACAGCAGCAGCGCUCCUGUUCUCCGGAGGCUGAAACAGAACAGGGAGAAGAGAGAUUCUCGUAUCAGAGCAUCAGCACUGAUCAUCAGCCAAGAAAACUGAGAACAGUCAGAGGAAGGAAUACUGAAAUAAAUUUUCACAGUUGAACAUCAUUACAGUUGUCAUUGCUGUUUUAUAUGAUGAUAAACUGCAGAAGUGGCACCCAUUAUAUCUUUGAAUUGAACUACUACAUGAAAGCACUGCUAUCCAGUGUAACCGACCAUUGGUUGGUCUUGGGCUCUGUUAAAAAGGUUAAAUAAAGAGUUAAUUGUAAUCACCUCUCGAUCAAAUACUCUCAGAAAACAGUUCUUCAUGUUUCUUUUAUCCACCUGGGAGUGACAGAUGGGAGGGCUAUAUUGCAAAGAAAUCUCAACA